AUGGCUGCCUCGCUUGUUGAUUGUCGGUGUCGCUCUGUCACGCUGAUGGAUAUGACUAGGAGCACCUUAGAACAGGUGCUGGAGGUUGAGGAGCAAAAGGAUUGGAGGUCGCCUCUAAUACAAUGGAUGCAGGAGCCUGUCGCGGAUAUCAGAGAUGACCCGGUCGGGCGACAAGCAUUGAGGUUCUACUUGCAGAAUGGGAUCCUAAAUAAACGAUCAUAUAUGGGGCCUCAUCUCAGGUGCGUCUCUGAACAAGAUAGGGAGUACGUGCUUAGGGAGGUGCACGAAGGAUGCUGCGGCGACCACAUAAAGGCUAGGGCGUUGGUUGGGAAGGUACUGCGGGCCGGAUAUUUUUGGCCUAGAAUGAGGACGAUGGCGCAGGAUCUUGUGCGAAAAUGUAAGAAGUGCCAGCAGCAUGGUCCACUGAUCCAUAGGUCGGCGAAAAUAAUGGUGCCAAUCAGCUCGCCUUUACCUUUUAUCCAGUGGGGGAUUGAUAUAGUUGGACCCUUACCCCAGGCGACGGGCCAGCGAAAGUUCUUGAUUGUGGCGGUCGAUUACUUCUCCAAGUGGAUUGAGGCCUAG